CUCUCAUGUUGAUGUUUGUUGUUUGCGAGGGUGGCAGGCAGGCAGCAGCGUCGUGUGUGGAGAAGGACACAAUGUGAGCGGAGGGGCUGUGGAUCGGCCUGCCAGCACGCUUCACUAUCGGAGGGGGAGGAAUCGGCAACUUUUACCCCCCCUAGAAUACGAGACUGGAAGGCAAACGUUUUCCGAUGAUCGCCGGCCAUAUGGAUGUAAGGUCCCCGCUCGGCGGCGCGCACAGACGCGGGCUGUGGUGGUGAACGACGGCCGGUGGGGAUGCUGCUGGAGCCCGUCUAGAGAGCCGCUCUGGAUUUACACACAUUUCUUUUUUCUUUCUCCUUUUUUUUUAUUUAUUUUUUUCUCCUUAAAUAAAAGGCAACUUGUUCGGCGACGUGCCAAUUUCCAAACUCCUCAAAUGUGCCUUUCAACUUGUCCAAAAUGGUCUUCUCGGUGUGCCCCUCGGCUCGGAACCAGCCUGGAUAAGGAGCGGAGCGGCUAGGCGACAACACCCCGACACGACGCGCGGCGGAGCGGCGCUUCUUCCCCUCGAGGCUCCUCUGGCCCGGGAUUUAUUCCAGCUGUGGGGAUUAUAAACGGGGAUUGAUGCAUCUCGGGGUGUCUGAGUCCAUGAGAGAGUGCGAGUACAGCCAGAUCAGCACUCGCAGCUCCACACCGAUGGAGACCCCCUUCAAGAAGAGGAGCCCGAAGAAGAGGAAGUGGGAGGCCUUCCCGGGUCGGAAUAAAUUCUACUGCAAUGGCAGGAUUAUGAUGGCCAAGCAGACUGGGGUCUUCUACCUCACCCUCGUCCUCAUUCUAGUGACUUGUGGACUUUUCUUCACCUUUGAUUGUCCGUUCCUGGCCUCUCACCUGACCCCGGUCAUCCCCGUCAUAGGAGGCGUGCUCUUUCUGUUCGUGCUGGGGACCCUCCUGAGAACCAGCUUCAGUGACCCUGGAGUGCUGCCCAGGGCCACCCCAGAUGAAGCCGCUGACCUGGAAAGGCAGAUCGACGUGGCUAAUGGCACCACGGGCUACAGGCCUCCUCCCAGGACCAAGGAGGUGGUCAUCAACGGCCAGACAGUCAAACUGAAGUAUUGCUUCACAUGCAAAAUCUUCAGACCACCUCGUGCCUCCCAUUGCAGUCUCUGUGACAACUGUGUGGAGCGAUUCGACCACCACUGUCCGUGGGUGGGGAACUGCGUGGGAAGGAGGAACUACCGUUUCUUCUACAUGUUCAUCCUCUCGCUCUCCUUCCUCACCAUCUUCAUCUUCGCCUUCGUCAUCACGCACAUCAUUUUACACUCGCAUCAAAAUGGGUUCCUCAAUGCACUUAAAGACAGUCCGGCCAGCGUGCUGGAGGUGGUGGUGUGUUUUUUCUCCGUCUGGUCCAUAGUGGGACUCUCAGGCUUCCACACGUACCUGAUCAGCUCCAACCAGACCACCAAUGAAGAUAUUAAAGGCUCGUGGUCGUCUAAAAGAGGGAAGGACAACUACAACCCCUACAGCCAUGGCAAUAUAUUCAGUAACUGCUGUGCGGCGCUGUGCGGACCUCUGCCGCCGAGUCUUAUCGACAGACGGGGCUUUAUCCAAGCAGACGCCCCGCAGCUGGCACCACCGACCAACGGCAUCACCAUGUACGGGGCCACCCAGUCCCAGCAGAGCCACAUGGCCGCCGCCACGCCCCUCCUCCAGCAGCAGAGCAGCGAGCCAGUCAUCCUGACGGCCUCCCCCGAGAACGGAGGGGCCCUGCCGGGCCGCGCCUCGCUGGUGCUGGGGGGCCCGUGCGCCUCGCUGCCCCUGGGCCAGCCCACCCCUCCGACGUCCACCCCCAGCCUCAGCUGCCACGAGGUGACGGACAUGCUGCCCAUGCACGCGCACGGCCACGCGCACAACCACGGCCACCCACUGCAGGAGCCCCUGGCGCACCACCACUUCCUGACGCCGGAGGAGGUGCCGUCGCCGCCCGGCAUGCUGCACUGCGGCAGCCCGCUGGGCCACAGCCACACGGCGCAGGCCGGCUUCUACAACCCCGCCAGCCAGGACUCGCUGCACGAGGACUCGGUCAGAGGACUGGUGAAGCUCAGCUCCGUCUGACGGCGGCGCCUUGCCCCGCCCCCGCCCUCCCCGCCCCCGCCCAAACACGACAACGCCCACUUCGGCUCAGCUGACCUUCCCCUUCGGCUCCGGGCUGCGGGGUUGAACUGAGCCGCUACGUGGAGCUGGAGUAAACCGGAGUGAAGCCAACGUCUUGCCAAACCUGCCUGCUGAAACAUGGAGACAAAGUUUUGCGUCGAUCGGUGUGAUCCAGGGCGGGGAGGUGUCACCGUUCCAAGUGAUGUUUGUCUAGAAGCCAUUUCAAGCAAAAAAAAAAAAAGAAGGAAAAAAGAUAAACUAGAGCGUGUUUUGAGAGAAUGUGACAUUUUGAGGUCAGAAGGUGUUUCUGUCAGUGGAUCACAAGCCUGACACUGUUUUUUUUUUUUUUUGUAAAACGAACUUGAGCCUUCUUGCCUGUUGCUGAUUGGACCGUGUCUUUUGCCUUUUUUUUUUUUGUUUUUUGUUUUUGUUUUUUGGGGGGAUAUUCUCAGCAGUGCAAUGGUUGGUGUCUUCAUGUUGCAUAUCGUCUUGCUAUUUCUAUGUAAAAACAAAAGAAAAAAAAGCGAGACUGUUGUAUCGUACCAUGGUUAUUACAACUCUUACAAAUUAUUAUAUUUCCUGUGGAUAUUAAUAAAACACCGACUUUUUAUC